UUUUCAUCGCUAGGAUCCCUGUCUCUCGGCGACUUCGAACUGAAGGCGAACAUUGUCGAUGUGCAUUGCUUGACAUCGCUCACGUUGGACGACAUGUCGUGUGACACCUGGGACGAACUGUUCAACUUACUCAGGAGCUCUCCAGCUCUAGAGCAUCUCGCGUUUGGUGGCCUUGACAUUGACGCCAUGGCGAUUCCUACCGACACCAGGAUUCGGCCUAUCCUCAACCUUCAAUACCUCAAGAGCUUUAAAUUUCUUCACUAUGGUGGACACGCGGCUAUGUCGUUUCUUCUGGCACAUCUGGCCCUUCCGUGCACUGCAAAAAUCAAGAUUGAUACUUAUUUAGACGCCUCGGGCCAAGUUGUCCAUGAAGACGAGAAUGCAGACUUGCAUCACGGGAUCCUCAUCGCAGACAUCGUUCCGAAGGACAACAUAACGUUGCCGGCAUUCGCUGCGGUACAAGCCUUACACAUUGAGUUCGGUUACUGCUCCUUCGAUGUAAAGGCGUUCACACCGGAAGACCUCGGGCCUUGUAGAACCGAUACCACGACUAUCACGUUUUCAUGUUAUCUGGCGGAUUUCUUCAACCUCAGAUCCGUUCAAAGACAAAUCAUGCCUGAGCUGGGCACCGUGUUUCCUCGGUCGCUGACCGUGCUGCAUGUGCGUGUUGAAGGAGGUUAUUGUUACGACACGCGACAAGAUUCUAUUGAACUCUGGGAGAGUUGGGAAAGCUUGUACUACGAAGUGUUUCUGGAUCUCGAAGAAUUUCAUGCAAGUGGACCGACUCCGGACUUCUUCACCGACUUUCUGUUCGACAUUGGUCCAUCAAGCCCGCAACUGAGGGAGUUCGAUUCACUGCCAUGGCCGAUGCUCAAGCGGAUCAAGCACACCAAGCAGCUCUUUCUCACGCAUAGUCAUCCUAUGGCCGACACGCAGUCUCGUGGAACACCAUCAGGGUAG